AUGACCUCAACAGUCGCAACCUCCGCUACACCGCAGCUCCGCGUGUCAGCCUCCAAGAACCCGCGCAAAGCUUCAAAACCACAUGAUGAGGAGCCUUCGAUGCAAGCCCCGCCCCCGAAGACGUCUUCAGUUGAGGACCACUUCUUCUGGGCCUACACAGAGGAGCCGCACCGCUCAAGACGGCAAGCAAUCAUCAAAGCACAUCCAGAGGUGACCAAGCUCUGCGGACCAGAACCAUUGACCAAAUAUGUGGUUCUCGGUGUUGUUUCCCUCCAGAUCUGCUGCGCAUAUCUUCUCCGCGAAACUUCUUUCUUUUCCUGGCGGUUCUGGUUAACCGCAUAUGUGAUCGGUGCAACCUCGAACCAGAACCUCUUCCUCGCCAUCCAUGAAAUAUCCCAUAAUCUGGCUUUCCGGUCGCCCAUGGCCAACCGAUUCCUGGCUAUAGUUGCCAAUCUCCCAAUCGGAGUGCCCUAUAGUGCCGCUUUCAGGCCCUAUCAUCUUACCCACCACAAAUCACUAGGCGUUGCCGGCCUAGACACCGAUCUUCCCACAGCCUUCGAGGCCUUUGUUCUCGACUCUCUCCUCGGGAAGGCCUUCUUUUGUACCUUCCAGAUCUUCUUCUACGCCGUCCGUCCCAUGUUCAUCUACAGCCCGCCCUUCACCAUGAUCCACAGCAUAAACCUAGUCAUCCAACUCUCCUUUGACUUUGCCCUAACGAAGUUCUGCAACGGCUCCCUCCUACCUGUCCUCUACCUCCUUCUCAGCUCCUUCCUCGCCGGCUCCCUCCACCCCUGCGCCGGCCACUUCAUCGCAGAACACUACUUCUUCUCAAAGCUGGACCACGGCACAGAGUCGCUUCAGGAACUAAACAAACAAGCCACAGCAGACGAAGGACAGCAAAAGGAACACCCCCUAGAAUCUCUCCCUCCACCAGAGACAUACUCCUACUACGGGCCCCUCAACAUUCUUACCUACAAUGUCGGCCUCCACAACGAACACCACGACUUCCCCGCUAUCCCCUGGACAAAACUCCACGCCCUCCACCGUAUUGCCAGCGAGUUCUAUGAGCCUUUACCCUGCCACCGAAGCUGGGUCUGGGUCAUCUGGACCUUCAUCCUGGACAAGAAUGUCGGCCCCUGGUGCCGUGUUAAGCGAGCGCAAGGCGGCCGUAUCGUAGGCGGCGGCGGCGGAUCCAACGGCCGAGCGGGCGAGAGUGCCUACGCUGGACCUGACGAGGCCGGCGAUGGGUGGAAGGAAAGCGAGAUUCAAAGUUGA